AUGCCCCUCGACGACGACGACAAUCCCACCACGGCGCCGGCCGCGGCGCAGCUCAACAAUGACUCGGGCGCAGGCGACGAAGCUGAGGACGAAGGUCUCUUCGACAUGCGACUCUUUGCAUCCAUGUUCAACAAGAAGGGCGUCGCCUCGCAAGCCGUCCGCAAGGGUCAAAAGGACUUUGAGUCGCACGGCACGAAAGCCCAGGAGAAUGCGUUGGAGACGAGCAGGCAGGUCAUUGAGGAGGUGCUGGGAUACACGAGAGUGCACAGAGAUACAUGGAGCAAGGGCUGGUACUUCCCGGACUACUGGCCCGAGAUCAUGGAGGCCAUCGAGGAUGGGGACACUUCUGGGUUGGCGAAGCCCGAGUAUCUGCAGGAGUUCAUGACUGAGACGAGGCCGAUUUAUGCCAAGGAGAGGGUUGUUGUCGUGGAGGAGCUGAAGGGUCCGCAGGCGAGGUCUAUGGGCAGAGUGAUUCGAGGACUCAAGACGCCGAGACCGGCGUUGGGAAAGCUGUGGCUGUUGCCCGAGGAGGCGCUGUUCCUUGUGGAGAGGGGUAGCUUGGAGCUUUGGUGGCCGUAUCGCGAGCUCAAGGAGAUUCUGCCGCCGUCAGAGGCGAAGCCCGCUGAAGAGCAGACAGAUUCCGAAGACGCAGAACCCGAAGACGAGUUCGACGUUGGCGUACCCUUGAGCUUACAAGCCGCCUACUCAUUCUUCAUCGGACUGGACGGCGAACGGGGCAAGAUAUCACUACCAAAAUACCAAGUCUACUCACACCUCAGACGGUUGGGAUACUACGUUCAACGCGUUCCGCCAGAACCUACAGAAUCUACGCCCACACCCGAAGCACCGCAGAAAUCACUGUGGCAAUGGCUCGUCUCACUUCUUCAAAGACCAUCGGCGGCGCCCGCAACGCCACCGCCUUACGGGCCCUUGGUCAAGCCGGGCGUCUAUCGACAAUAUAGCGUCGUCUACAAACAACUCGAGCUCCUAUCCCGCUACCAGCCAUCGCCCGCACCUCAGGAGCCCAAGCAAGCCGAGGACCCGUACAAGAUCCAUUGGCACGUCUGGAAGCCUUCGAAGCAUCCCAACCUUCGUGUGACGGACCUACCACCACCAGACAUCCGCAUCGCUGUCGCUGACGCGCGCGACGACGCGAUCCCGGAUAUUGAAGAGAUUUCGGCGCUGCUCGACUCGACACCGUACGACGCGCCCGAUCAUGUCUUGAUGGGCGGGCCAGGAAAGCUGUACCAGCGCUUGAGACACGGUUACCGCAACGUUCUUGUCGCCGUCGUGGAUCGCGGCUUGGUCAACUUUAUGAGGUUCGGGCAGGCUGCAUUUGGGGAGGAGAGGCUCUACGAGAGAUUCGAUAAUCGGGGUGGGUUCCGAGGCGGCAAGAGGGGUGGGAGGGGUGGACGCGGAAGGGGAGGAGGCAGGGGACGGGGCCGGGGUCGGUGA